AUGACCGCGUCCACAGAGGCGGAUCCUUUCGCCAAGAACACGGGGCCCUGUGAGCUGGGGCAUAAGGACACGAUCGCAGCUGAGGGACAAAGCUUGGUGGAAACAGGUCUCAACAAGGACAUGGCUGCGGGUAUCUUGAUCCAGAGCUGUUUACCAGGCCGGCAGCAGAGAGGUAUGUCAAGUGCAGAUGCGCCCAUCCCCGGGCUCAGCGGGGUGCAGAGGAGCCCAACCAAGGUGCCUAAUCCACCAGGCAGCACUCCAACACUGGCGCUGGGCAUGCUGGACAACUGCAGAGAGCACGGACCUUCCUUCAGGAUAUAUGUAGGUACCAAGGAAGACAAGGGGGGCUCCCUGCUGAACCCACCCCAGAGGGAAGGGACGCCGAGGGGCUGGAGCGGGAACCACGCCCUCCGCCGGAAGAACCUCCGGAAGAAGCGCCGGAAACGCAGGACCCCGGGCAUGCAAGCCCCGCCCCCUGGAGCCUCUCCACCCCCACCUCGCUCCCUGCCAGGCUCCGUCCACGACCACACCCACUGCGCCCGCCCACUCCCGCCAGGCUCUUCCUAUUGGGCGUUCGACCGAAACCCCGGGCUGCGCGGACGGCGCUUGGGAGCCUGCACCCCGGCUGCGCGCGGCCGGGCCCGGGUGCGGGUCCGGAGCCGGGAACGGCGGGCGGGGAUUGGACUUGGUCAGGCUUCGACGGCGGCCACCCAGGAGUCUGGAGACAUCGUCUCCCCGAGCCUGGAAGAGGUGGGCCCGCCGACGGCCUCCCCGGCGGAGCCUGGGACAGCCCGGCUGGGAGGGGCCUCGGGUCACCGCCGCAGUGCCCGGCUGCGGGGUCUGACGGAUAUCGAAUGUGAUAUUCGCAUCCAGCUCCCUGUAGUAUCAAAACUGCAUUGCAGAAUUGAGGUCAGCGGGCAGGAGGCCACAUUAUAUAAUUUCAGUUCUACAAAUCCAACCCAGCUGAAUGGGUCUGCCAUUGACAAACCUGUGCACCUGAAACACGGCGAUGUCAUCACUAUUAUUGACCGGUCUUUCAGGUAUGAAAAGGAAAGUCCUCAGAAUGAAAGCAAGCCAGAUGAAUUUCCAGGAAAAAGACAGGAGCAGGCACGGGCACGGCGAUCCUCCAGAUCCAGCCUCUCUACUCCCCCUGAUGGGAAAGCUCAAGGUUCCAGAACCCAUUCAAAAGUCACUGCUUCAAGGUCUCAGGAGCCCGGCAAGGAGCUCAUGGGCGACAGCGCUACCCCUGACGGCUCGGAGCACAGAGCAGCCCCACAGCUACUUCACGCUUGUUCCCCAGAGCAAGUGGGAAACGAUGGAGGGAAAGCAGGAAGGCCCACUCCUAGGGGUCCUAAGGAGAAUUCCAGGGUAACCGCAAGUCCUUGCGGAGACCUAAAGUCUUUACCCUCGGCACAGAGCUUUGACAGUAGCAAGGACACAGAGUCUCCCUUUGAGAAGCUGUACCAGUCGAUGAAGGAGGAGUUGAGCCUCAGCUUGCAAAAACAAAGCCUUGCACAGACUCGGAGGAAAUCAGGAUUGCAGCUUGAUAGUGCCACAGAGAAAGAGAGAAGGGAGAACCUGCCCUGGGGGUCACACAAAGCAAGACCCAGGUCUGCUGACACUCUCUGCAUUAAGGCAGCCUCUCCAUUCACACCAGAAACCAACCAGACCCAGGAAAAGGGCAUCAGUGCGGACCCUGCUCACACUUCUGACCAGGCCCUGAAUUCUAGCAUUUCUGUGGCAGAGACUACAACAAAGAGCCCAGGGCGGUUCUCCCAGCCACGAAAGGACACAGGCCCGUAUAUUACUGGAGGAGAGGCUGUGAAUCUGGGCCCAGGUGAAGGCAUUGGGUCAGCUGAUAGACCUGUCACUCCUCGGAGGCGCCUGACUGGAAAUCGCCCAUCAGCCAUUGCGGGGGCCACUGCCAGCCCCGCCGGUCAGCCAGACAGUCUCUCUUCCAGAAGCAGAAGCGUUCCUGCAGAGGCAGAAAGGCCUUCUCCAGAAGUCAGAAAGGAGCCUUUUGUAACUCAGUGCUUUCCUCGCACUGAAAGCAAGAUUCCAAAGGAUUUCCUUGAUGAGCCCAACAAAUUGGCUGUGAAAUCCGGACAGAUUGGCUCUGGGUUACCUGGUCUUAGUUCAGUUGAUAUCAGCAACUUUGGUGAUUCCAUUAACAAGAGCGAGGGAGCCUCUUUGAAGAGAAGACGUGUGUCCUUUGGUGGUCGUCUGAGACCUGAAUUAUUCGAUGAGAACUUGCCUCCAAAUACACCACUCAAAAGAGGAGAAACACCAAGCAAGAGGAAGCUGCCUGUCACCCACACGCCGGCUGUCCUGAAGAAGAUCAUCAAGGAGCAGCCCCCAUCUGGGGAAGAAGAAUCUUCAGAAAUCUGUGUGGAGGUCACAGCGCAGGAUGUGUGCACAGGCGCUGUGGCUUCUAGUCCUGGAGUAACCCAGCCUGGGGUAAACGGCCAAAGACGCAGAUCAGGCAAGGCCUCGACUGCCUCUGGGGUCGGCGGCUCCCCGGGACAGACAGACACUCCUAAGAGAGCGGGGAGGAAGAGUGCCGGCUCGUCUUCCAAGCGGACAUCCAUCAGCCGCGGGCAGCAUGACAUCCUGCAGAGGAUCUGUUCCAAGAGAAGAAGCGGAGCGUCAGAGGCCAACCUCAUCGUUGCAAAAUCGUGGGCAGAUGUCGUGAAACUUGGUGCUAAACAGACGCAGGUGAGAGUGCCGAAGCACGGUCCUCCAAAGCCUGUGGGCAGAAGACAGAGGAAGCCGAGCACCCCGAAGAAGCCUACAGCCAGCGUUUGCCGUCAGUUCAGCACCGGCCAUGCCAACUCCCCUUGUACCAUUGUCAUUGGGAAAGCUCAGACCGAAAAGGUCAGCAUUCCUGCUCGGCCCUCCAGGAUGCUGAGCAGCUUUGUGUUCAACCGAAAAAUGGACUACAGUGAAGAUCUGUCAGGGAUAACUGAAUUGUUCAAGACACCAGUGAAGGAGAAGCCCCAGACGACUGGCCCCGGCUCCUUCACUCUUUCCAGUCCAGAGAACUUGACUGGAAAACAGUUUCAAGCAGUGAAUUCAGGAGAAAAUCCUCUGUGCACCACUUCCGAGACUUGGGUGUUCAGUUCUCAGAACUCAGCACGGGAGCCAUCUGAUAAAUGCUCUGAAAGCCACACCAUAAAACAGCAGAGCAGAGAAGACAGAAGCACCGCAAAGACUCCCCAGAAUAUGCCUAAAACGACUCACCCGGAAAGGAAAACUCCAGAUGCUGUGAAGGAGCCUCUGAACACAGUACCCAGUGCCAGCAGGUUAAGACAAUCAAGGGAGCUCCGGAGUUCACAGACGCCACCUGUGAGAAGUAAGAAUGGAGGAACCGAAGGACCCCCAGCUGAGGGCGUCACGGACACAUCCCUGAGGAAGACACCGCUGCGGGUACGGAAGGUGGAGGGCGAGGACAGCGCAGGAUCUGCAGAAACUGGCAGGGAAAGGGACAAAUCAACAGAAAGUUCAGCAAAGGUGACAACUGUGAGGAGAUCAAGAAGCGAGGGGCAGAAACUUGGACCCAAAGAGCUCCUGGGUACACCAGCCCAUGCCAAGGAACCAGAAAAUGAGGCCGACCAAACCACCGGAACAGAUAGUUCCUCCCAAGGAGCUGAUCUCACAAACACCAGAAAGAGACCACCGAAGACAGAGGACAGCAACGAGGAUGCCCCCCACAUGUCACAUCAGCCCACGCACACGAACCUGACACCAAGCACUCCCAGACCACACGGGGACCCAGCUGCGUGUGCAGCUAGGGUGAAGAAGGGAUCAAGAACUCCUAAGAAGCAGACCCAACCUCUGGAAGACCUGGUCGGCUUCGCAGAACUGUUCCAAACACCAGGUCAGCCCAUGGCUCAUGAGAAAGCUAAAGUACCUCGCAAAUCUCCACAGCCUAUGCCAACAAGCACAAAAGCACAGCCAGUCACACCGAGUAGGAAAAUGGAUGCCAGCGAGCUCUCAGCAUUAAGGAAGUUUGCUCACAUGUCAGUGGGGGACACACAUACCCUCAAAGUCACACAGCCAGAUGUCACAAGCAUCAGAGCUCUGAAGGAACCUGCAAAGCAGAUAGUACAUCCAGUAGGAAAUGUAACUGGUAGCAAGAGACAACAGGAGACACCUAAAGAGAAGACUCAACUCGAAGACCUGGCUGGCUUCCAGGAGCUCCUCCAAACACCAGGUCUUUCCAAGGACUUGGUGAUUACUGACAGAACCACAAAAAGGACCCGUGAAGCACCACAGGCAACAACAGCCAGAACCCCAGGAAGCACACAAAGGCAGCCCAGGACACGUGUGGGAAACAUGGAUGUGAAAGCAGUUUCCUCACUCAGGAAACUUCAGCAGUCACCAGGCAAGGCCUUGCAAACACCCACAGCACCAGAAGAGGAGGAACUCAGCACAGCAUUCGUGCAAACUCCAGAGCAGACACCAGACAUGACCGGAGACUUGACUGGAUCCAAGAGACGGUCCCGGACUUCUAAGGGAAGGAACCGCAGCAAGGACUCAAAGACUGUUAACAGGACCACAGAAGUGUCCGGCAGAGCUCCAGAGCCAGUGAGAACUCCCGCAGGUGUAAGGAGACAGCCCAGGCCAAGUCGGGGGAACGAUGUGGAAGAAGAGCCAAGAAAGCAGAGGCCUCGGUCUCCAUCAGAGGCAGCUAAGAGCAGCCCCGAGGUAACACAAAGCAAGGCCGCUUUAGGGGAAUCCACAGUGCAGACACCACACACAGUUGCUAAUAGACGGGACCGCCGGAAGCAGCCAAGAGCUCCUAAGGAAAGGAGCCAGCCCCUGGAGGACCUGUCUGGCUUGCAGGAGCUCUUCCGGACCCCAGGCCACCCCAAGGACUCGAUACCUAUGGAAAUCACAGGAUUGCCCGGCACUUCUCCACAGUCAGAACCAGGGAGACCGUCUAGACCGAGUCUGGGAACGCUGAGGGUGAAAGAAGAACUUCCGGCCCCCCAGGAGAUGACAGAGGUGUUGGAGGAGACCACACACACACACAGAGUGCCAGAUGGUGAGGUCACAGUCCCCAAAGCCGGGGAGGUAUCUGCACGUCCAGCCCGUGACCCAGUAAGAAGAGCUGGCAGCAGGCUGCGGCGAAUGACACCCAAAGAGAAAGCCCAGCCCCUGGAGGACCUUUCCGGACUGCAGGAGCUCUUCCAGACGCCCGGCCACCCUGAGGACCCGGUGCCCCGCGCAGCACCACAGCCACCACCCACCAACACCCCAGCAACCGCCAAGAGACGGGCCAGGGCAAGUCUGGGGAAAGCCCCCAUGGAUGGGGAGUCCUUGGGGUUCUCAAAGCUCCCACACAAGUCAGGGGAGCCCACACGCACACCCCAAGUGCCCGGAGGUGAAGAUGGGGCCAGGGUGGUUAAACCUCGUGCAAAACGGAAACUGGAUCCCGCGGAUAGUGUAACUGGCAGCAAAAGCAAGAGGCUUCGCGGGGUGCCUGAGAAGGCCCCGUCCCCAGACGACCAGGCCGGCUUGCAGGAGCUCCUCGAAACCAAGGACACAAACACACCCCGCCAGCCUCCACAGCCCGAGCCACAGGACACCUCUGUCCCCCUGAAAAGAGCGACCAGGACCCGACGGGGCACGGUGGACAUGCAGGAGGAGCUCCCAGCGGCAAAGACACUGACCCACGCGUCCAGGCAAGCCACGCGCACCCGGAAAGUCCUAGAAGGCAAAGUUACUGACAUUCAGGUUUCAAAGGAAUCUACAAAGCAGGUCCCAGACCCAGCAAAAAGCAUCACUGGUACCAGGAAGCUGCGGGGGGCUCGUAAGGAAAGCACCCAGCCCCUAGACAGCCUGGCUGCCUCCAACGAGACAAUCCAACCCCCAGCGCACACGGAAAACUCUGGAAGUGAUGCGAGCGCCGGCAGAAUCCCCCCCCAGUCUCCACAGCCAGAGCCCGACACGAACACAGCCUCGAGGAGACCACUCAGGACGAGACGUGGGAACGCUGUGGUGAGCAAGGAGACCUCCGGACCAGCACGGGAGACCAGGAAGACAGCCGGGAAGCCCAUGCUUAGUGGUGAGGGCGUCACUAUGUUGGAGGAACCUUUGCAGCCAGAACUUGCCCCCGCAGCAAGAGUAGCUCGCCCCAAGAGGCUGCGGGGGGCAGCUGCAGAGAAGGCCCCGCCUCUCGACCCGGCCAGCCUCCCAGAGGCUCUCCAGGCACCGGCUCACACGGAGGAUCCAGCAGACGAUGAGAAGUCCACAAACACGCCCCACCAGCCUCCACAGCCCGAGCCGCAGGACACCUCUGUCCCCUCGAAGAGAGCGACCAGGUCACAACGGGGCACGGUGGACACAAAGGAGGAGCUCCCGGCGGCUAAGACGCUGACCCGAGCGUCGAGGCAAACCACACGCACCCGGAAAGUGCUAGAAGGCGAUGUUACAGAUAGCCAGGCUUCAAAGGAAUCUGCAAAGCAGGCCCUCGACCCAGCAAAUAAUGUCACUGGUACCAGGAGGCUGCGGGGGGCUCGUAAGGAAAGCACCCAGCCCCUAGGUGGCCCAGCUUCCCCCAAAGAGACAGUCCAACCCCCAGCGCACACAGAAGAGCUGACAAAUAGUGCGGUCACCCCCAAACCUCUGAAGACCUCCAGAAGAGUCCUCAGGGCCCCAAAAGAGAAGCCUGUGACAUCCCUGAUCCCCAAACAGGAACCUGGAGAAGAUGGGCCCGGUGUGCAGAGCUCUGUGACAACGACGCCCGCUUCUUCAGAGGAGAAGCCAGCCAUCCGUCAGAGGCCCAGGCCACCCCGGCCUUUAAAGAUGCUGAAGUGUCUGAGAGUUCUCGCUCCCAAAAUUCACCUGGGGGAAGAACAGAGCUGCAACAGCACGGAGACAGAAGACGGGGAACCCCGAGAGGCGCCUGCUGCUGCCAAUCAGAGAAUGUCUCUGCGCACCAGACACCCACAAAACCCACGUGCAGGACAGCAGAGCUCCGAAGGGCUUGGGUCUGCAGAGAAGGUUACAGAAAAGAGAAACGCGAAGAAACCUGAGAAGACCUCCCAAGACACAGAGCCACAGAGCCAAGAGAAUGGAGGCCAGCAACCUGCCACGCGGGGCCGCGUCAGAGGAGGCCGCGGGGGCCUGCGGUCUGGAGGGCAGAGCAAGGCCUCCGCGCCCCUCCCCGCCGAGGACAAGGUGAAGGAGAGCCAGGAGAGCUCCAGCAGGGGUCAGAACGAGAGCGGGGCAAGGCCAGAUGUGAGGGGUUUGAGAGCUAAGAGGACUGCAAUCCAGCCCGCAGGAAGCACUUUGGACAGUGAACCCAAGCCCAGAGUAACUCGAGGGGCCAAGCGAGGUGCAGAAAAUCCAAAGAAGGCAGACGACACCGUGAGCUCCAAGAGAGUGAGAAGCAGGCGUCCGCGUGACGGUGAAGAUGUGUAGCAGACGUUGAGGAUACAGUGAAGAGUGGGAUUAGUGCUCAGGUCUUCCACCGUCAUUGUAAGAGUGAAUUCUGUAAAUAAUAGUAUUGGGGAGGGGGAGAGGGGAGGGAGCAAAUUUAAGAAUCUCCUGGGUUUGACCCGUUUUCAAAAGCUCCCUGUCAUAAAAGAGACUAUGGAGGGACCUCAUUAAUGAAAGGGUAAAAUUUGGGGGUGGGUGGAUCCAACAUGGCCCUUCGUGUUCUAGA